ACAUGGCAAGGAAAUCACAGUCAGAUGAUUCAUUAGCUAGUGGCUAACGUUAGCUAGUUUGAUGCUCUUCGUUCACCUUAUUCAUGCUAUUCUUUGAUUACAAUUUUAGACAGCGAAGAGGUGUCUUUUGUUUUCGUAUCUGUUGGUUCACUGUUAGCUAGAUAGCCAGCCAGACAGCUAAGCUAAUUCUAGCAAGAAAAGUUAUAAUAGUAAUAACGUUAGUUAAUGUUAAUGUGUAGCUAAUUUACGUUAGUGUUAUCUAGCUAUAAUCAAUUUCUCCGUACUGAACAGUGACAUUAUGCAAGAGUAACUGCUGUGCGGUCAUGAUUCUGUCUCGGGUGAAGCCAGCAGUAGGUGGAGAUUCUGCAGCUAGCGUCAGUGAGAAGAAGAAGAAAAACAAAGCCAAGAAGAGCCCUCGCCUGGAGGAAUACCUCAACCAGAGAGACUACCUUGGGGCACAAACUCUGUUAGAGUUUCAGCGAGAUGUUGGAGAAAAAGAGGAGCAUGCAGACCUUUGGAUUGGCUACUGUGCCUUUCACUUAGGUGAUUACAAGAGAGCAAUGGAGGAGUACAGGGCCUUGACACUCAGGUUAGAAGAACCAGGGGAGGUGUGGGUGUAUCUGGCCUGCACUCAGUUUUUCCUGGGGCUCUACAGAGAGGCAGAGGAGGCUGCAAACAAGGCUCCAAAGUGUGCACUUCAGAAUCGCCUGCUCUUCCACUUGGCUCAUAAGUUCAACGAUGAGAAGAAGCUGAUGGGUUUCCACCAAAACCUGGAGGAUGUGACUGAGGACCAGCUGAGCCUGGCCUCCAUCCACUACAUGAGAUCACACUACCAGGAGGCCAUCGACAUCUACAAACGCAUCCUGCUACAGAAUAGAGAUUUCCUGGCUCUUAACGUGUACGUAGCGCUGUGCUACUACAAGUUGGACUACUAUGAUGUUUCCCAAGAGGUGUUGGCUGUGUAUCUGCAGAGUAUUCCUGAAUCCACCAUCGCUCUCAACCUCAAGGCCUGCAACCACUUCAGGCUGUACAACGGCAAGGCAGCCGAGGCUGAGUUAAAGAACCUCAUAGACAUCUCCUCCUGCUCCUUUGAGUUUGCUAAGGAGCUUAUCCGGCAUAACCUGGUGGUGUUUCGUGGUGGGGAGGGGGCGUUGCAGGUGCUGCCCCCGUUGAUUGAUGUCAUCUCUGAGGCUCGGUUGAACCUGGUCAUCUACUACCUCAGACAAGAUGAUGUUCAAGAGGCUUACACCCUCAUAAAAGACUUGGAGCCAACCACACCACAGGAGUACAUUUUGAAAGGAGUGGUGAAUGCUGCUUUGGGUCAAGAAAUUGGAUCGAGGGAUCACCUGAAGAUCGCUCAACAGUUCUUCCAGCUGGUCGGAGGCUCAGCUAGCGAAUGCGACACGAUACCUGGAAGACAGUGUAUGGCUUCCUGUUUCUUCCUUCUGAGGCAGUUUGAAGACGUUCUCAUCUACCUCAACUCAGUCAAGAGUUACUUCUAUACCGAGGAUAUGUUCAAUUUCAACUAUGCCCAGGCCAAAGCUGCCUUGGGCAACUACAAAGAAGCAGAGGAGAUAUUUCUGCUGAUCCAGGGUGAGAAGAUUAAGACUGACUAUGUAUACCUGAGCUGGCUGACUCGCUGCUACAUCAUGAACCAGAAAGGCCGGCUAGCCUGGGAGCUGUAUCUGAAGAUGGGGGCUUCGCCAGACUCCUUCAGCCUCCUACAACUCAUUGCCAACGACUGCUAUAAGAUGGGUCAGUUCUACUGGGCAGCCAAAGCGUUCGAUACUCUGGAGAAACUGGAUCCCGACUCCAACUACUGGGAGGGCAAGAGAGGGGCCUGUGUCGGAAUCUUCCAGCUCAUACUGGCAGGCAGAGAGCCAAAGGAAACCCUGAAGGAGGUGCUGCCCCUGUUGAGGAGCACACAGAACCCCCAGGUUGAGUACAUUAUCAGAGCUCUGAGGAAAUGGGCCAAAGACAACAGGGUUCCUCUGACAUAACAAUGUCUUAACGUGCUUAACUCGCAUAAUACACUUACUACAUGUUGUUAUUACAUUAUAUAUGUGGUUUACAUGUGCAUUUUUUAUCAGACACUUUUUACUAGUGAAAAUCUAUAAAAUAACAUGUUCUCAUGAGUCAUGCACAAUGUGUAUUGAUGCGCUUUAUUGUACGUGUCACAGUAUUUAUAUCAUGAAAUACAUGUUUUAUUUGCAAUGUAUAUAAUUCUGUACAAUCUCGCCAAUCAAUUGUAUUGAAAUGUGUAUUUUGUAUUACUCAAAUGAUGCUGAUACAAGUAUUAAACAGUAUUCUCUUUAUAAAGAGUUGUUGACCCUUUUCUCUCUAUUGUUUGUUCUAUCUACAUUCACUAUUUCUGUCAAGAUGUUGUUUUUUUAUUGUGUGCAAACUGACACAAAUAGGCAUACAUUUGAAUGAAAUAGUACAUGUACUGUCUUUUGAAG